UACAUACUGCCGAGGACGAAAGGAAAAAUUUCGUGAAAAUAAUUUGCUAUGCAAGUGGGCAGAAAAAUUAUUAUAAACGUAGCUUCUUAUUUUAUCGUUUGUUAAUGACUGUUUUAUUUCUCGUCUGUACUUUAUGUGUUACCACUUGCUUCAAAUAAAUUGCGAACAUUUUAAAAUCUUAAUUAAUAAUUUUUGUACUAUAUUAUUAUUCAUUUUCAGCUGAUGCUAUAAAUUUGAAAAGAAAUGUCUUCUACUCCUUCUCAUGCGUCAGAAAAGACAAAAGAUUUGGACUUUAAUGAAUUAGCUCAAAUGUUAAUUGGGCCUAAUAAAAGGAUUAGUGAUAAAGUAAUUCUACCCAUUAGUCUAGCUAAUCAACAACUAAAGUCGAAAGAAGAAUUAAGGGUUGAAGCAGUUUUUGAGAGUUGUACAUUUAAAACAGUAACAAGUUGUGCAGCUGGAUUUGCAUUUGGAGCAUUUAUGGGUUUGGUUUCAGCAAGUAUGGAUCCCAAUUUAAGUGCCAUAGCUCCCGAAAAACAAACUGUGCGAAUGAUUUUAACAGAUUUUAAAGUGAAGACGUUAUCUUAUGGUAAAAACUUUGCCAUGAUUGGUGCUGUAUUUGCUGCAAUAGAAUGUAAUAUUGAAAGUCAUAGAGGGAAAAGUGAUUGGAAAAAUGGUACAUUAGCUGGAGGAAUAACUGGAGGUCUUAUUGGAUUAAGAGCUGGAGUUAAAGCUGGUCUAGUAGGUGCUGCUGGAUUUGCUGCAUUUUCUACAAUUAUCGAUUAUUACAUGAGAUCAUUUUGAAGAUUAAUUUCAUGUGCUAAAUUAAGUUCAUUGUAUUACUUUUAGACAUGAAAGUAAGCAAUUUUGUUUUUUAAAAAACUUUGUACAUAGUUUUCAAAAUAAAACUUAUAUUG